GACAAUUCUCGCCCACAAAUUGCUGCUUCAUGAACAUAUGCUGAUUCUAUCAGCGGCGGCUGCGCGGGCACUGUACAUUACUGACGUAUACCCAACCCCGCUAUACACCGGAGCGAGAGCAGCGGCACGGCGCUAUCAUGGUGAAGUAUAUUGAGUCUCUGUCUGAAUUUACAGUCUUGGUGGAAACUGCAGGUGAUAAACUUUUGGUAAUUGAUUACACUGCCAAAUGGUGUGGACCCUGCCAAAAGAUUGCACCUGUCUUCGAAGCGCUGGCUGAUAAAUAUCCAUGUGUGCUGCUAUACAAGGUAGAUGUGGAUGAGGCAGAGGAUAUAGCAGGAGCCAAUGGCAUUAAAGCUAUGCCAACAUUCCACUUUUACAAAAACGGAGCGAAGAUUGAGGAACUACGUGGAGCUGAUCCUGCAAAGCUUGAAGCUCUAGUUGCCAAACACAUGUGAGAUGCUUUCAUGCCCAUGAAGUGACAACAAGUUGCCCACCCCAGAUGCUGCUUUGGAUUGAGGGUCGAACAGCCAUACCGGUCUAGAGCAGUUCUGGAGUCAGUCUGAACAACCAAAUUUUAUGGGGCCCAUUUGGUAUGGUUUUUAAUGGCUGCAAACAGAGGGUUUAACCAAAGAGUCUAGCCUGCCAAUCGAAAAUAAACGACCAGAUCAGUUUAUUUUCUUAUGGACAUGGAUAUCAGCUUUUUGUUUCUCAACAGGAGCAUUUAUCUGAUAAUUGAAGUACAACUCCCAGCUUGCUGGUAGACAGUGUCAUAAACUGAAAUUUAACAUGAAGACCAACUGGUUCCCCAAACUACAUAGUGUAUAAUUCUUUGCUAUUUAAUGGACUGACGUAAGAAUGAAGACCACUUCAAGGAAACAUUUCAUGGCUUUUAUAUACGAGCUUGUUAAAUAUUGUAUUCUGAUCCGUUAGAUCCGUUAGAUGAUACUUUACUGCUAACAUUUUCCAAUACAUCUUCCAACAUGAAUUUUUCGAUGUAAUGAUUUUAUGAUCUCUAGUAAAGAACGUGAUCAGUUGUUAAAAA